AUGGACGGAACAUCGAACGAUGAAAUGAUCAAAAAUAAAUGCAGCUAUGCUGCAGGCUGGGCGACUUGUACGCUACCUGGCAGACUUGAAGGCCUUGGAAUUAAUUCCAAGCUGGUCUCGAUGCCCAUCAUCGGAAUGGGCCAAACUAAAGCAAGCAAAGUAUACUGGAACCAAGGGGUGCACUGCGGAGCAAACAGUUUUGUUGCGCUUCUACCUGAAACGAAAUCUGCAGUUAUAGUAUUGACAAACACGAGGACAGCCAACGAUGCCGCAGAUUGGAUCGGGCAGCUGCUGCUUCACACGCUCUUGGGCGGCAGCCUAAGUCUCUUCCCAGUGCGAGUGAGCAUUGAUAGUGCAUACAAGCAGCACGAAGACGUUUUUAGCAGGCUCGUCAAGGCAAAUGAGCCCGGGAUCCCUCGCAGUCCUUCUUUUAAUAAGUAUGCGGGGAUAUAUGCCACCUCUAAUAAUAUACCGGUUCUCAUCAUAUGGCCCGAGGUCUAUCGAGGAACAAAAGCUCUUCAUGACUACGACCCCAAGAAAGGAAAAAACGUUCGAGCCGAAAUGUCGGUCCAGUUUCUAAAUAACAAGAAAACGUUUCUACUGUGGCAGCUCUCUGGCGAUAGCUUUACCUGGUGUUUGGACUGGGACGGGAUGAUGAUGGGACAUCAACCUACUGGCUUACCCCUCGAGCAUUAUAUUCUACACUUCGACGUCAAGGGAGACUCUUUGGGCGACGCUUCGAUACUGACGGGCUGCAAGAAUUUGGGGUCGUAA